UUAAUAUCUGGCAACCCUGCGAGUUCGCGAGAGACGAUCACACACACACAGAGCUCGUUCAGGAACAGCUUUAAGACACACAUCUGAGUGCGCCUUGCGACGGGUUUCAAAACACAUUUCUGACAAUGUCGAAGCAUGCUGUGGUUCAGUUCGGUGUCGUUUACGCGUUACUGUUUCCAGGGGUCUUUGGGUUUGUUCCCUCUCCAACAAACGUCAGUGUUGUUUGUCACAAUUUUGUGAAUGUCCUCUACUGGAACUACAGUAACCCAACUGAACAGACGAAAUUUGCCAUAAAAGUUGAACCUUAUGAAAGUCCUUCCCAAACAGUGGACACCUCUCAGACGUACCUUGAUAUCAGCAGCUACAGCACAGAUGUGGAAGAUGAUUACUUGGUGUUGCUGACAGCACAUGAUGGGCAAGAGAAAUCAGAAAACGUCUCCAUUAGAUUCACCUACAGCAAAGACUAUUUUGAUGAGAACAAACAUAAAUAUAAAUGCUCUUUGGACUUUCCAGCUGUGAAUACAUCUGUCCACAAAGAUGUGAUCGAAGUGUCCUUUCAGCACCCUUUCAAGCUUUAUAAGCAAGAGAUUAUGAAUGAUGAAUUUACGUACACAAUCACACAUGAUGAGCAAAUGGUAGAAUACUCAUGUUUUGAGGAUGAGGAUCUGUGCAAUGCAGAAGUCCACUUUAACCAAAGCGUUGCUGGACAGUGUGUGGAGCUGAAGCUUGAAGGGGUGAUUGCUGGGAUUCCUUCAUAUACCUACAGCAACGUUUGUGUCCCUCAGCAGACGCCUGAGACCGAAGAUUCUGCGAUUUCGAGCCAUAUAAAAGACAAAACGGGAUUAAUCGCAGCUCUGAUAGGCGUAGGAACCAUUGUGCUCUUCAUUACCAUGGGCUUUGUGUGGCUGCUCUGCAGGAAGUGGUCCAAAAUCCCCAAAAUUCCUGCAUUUUUGCGGAACGUCAUACCCGGCCAGUCUCCUACAACCCAACCCGAGCCGACCCCCAUUUCUAAAAUGACACCUCAGGGACACACACCCCUACUGACAGAGUCCUUUAGUUAUGAUUCCUUCCCCAGUUCCCCAACUGAGAAAGACUGCAAAGAAAACACUAUCCUCGAUGACACCGUAGUGGAUCUCCCUGUGGUCUCUGAAGAGGACAUGGAGGGUGAAGACUUUGAAGGCUUUGGCAGUUCGUCUGACUAUGACAGACCUAAAUUCCUGCAGGAGAUGAGUCCAGGGGACUUUACUGAGGGAUACGGCCCUCGACCUCCAGUGAUUUAGGUCUGAACGUGUGUAAGAAUGACACUGGAAAGUGUUUGCAUUUCUUGUGGAAAGACGGCUUGUUCACACCAAGUCCUUGUAAUAAUUUUUUGUUCCAUUAACUAUUUCACACACUGAUCAGAAGACUUGUGUUGUGUGCACAGAAACAAAGCUACAUUAUAAUCAAAGCUGUGUACAAUGCAGGCAGUGACAUCUGGUUUCCACCGUGCAGAGGGUUCGGUUGUGGUGAGAGCGAUCCCGUUUGGUUGUGAUGAGCUGCACUGACAGGGUUAACUACAGCCUUGGCGAGUUUCAAAAAAGUGUUGAAACAUACGCUGUGAAGAUGUUUUUCAUGACAUUUGCAGACAUUUUCAGUAAUGCAGUGUUAAAGUGUCCUUGUUACACAUUAUACGUGUACUUGCUCUUAUAAUAACGAUAAAUUAUGCAUAAUUGCAUGCAAGUGACCCUAAUCCUAACCAUAUACUAAGUACAUGUAGUUAAUUUAUAUUACUCUUAUAAUACUUAAUAUAAUAUAAUAUAAUAAACAGUGUUGGGGGUAACGCAUUACAAGUAACGCGAGUUCUGUAAUCCCAUUACUUUUAUUAAAGUAACGCAUUACUUUUUAAUUUACAAGAAAAUAUCUGAGAUACUUUUUCGAAAAAGUGACGCUAGUUACUUUGUUUUCCCAUUUAUUGACUGACAGGUCUCCUGUCCCCAUAUUGGGAGAAAUCAGAAGUACAGAGACGCUGUGUGAACAUGUAGUUCUAGAUUAAAUGUGAAUGUGCAUUAAUUCAUCCCCCAAAAAAAUUAUUUAGUAUUCAUCAAAAGAAAUUAAUGCAAAAUUGACACAAACCUGCAAUAAUUAAAUUUAAAUAGCACAAAUGUUUCUAAUCCCAUUUUAUUAACUAAUGUCUUUGCUGCUGACCUUUGAUGAUCCAGUUCAACCAUACUAAUUGGCAAAACAGACUUUAUAGAAACUAACAAUUGUGCCUUUUUUUGUUUUUGUUUUCUUUUUUGCUGAAGAGUGUUGAACCUUCUUCUCCUGUGUUCUGCUGUACAGACGUGAAUUUACUUUUCCUUCAGCCUGAUGUUUAUUCAUUACACUUUUUGGUGUGAAAAGGCUUUUACAUUUGCUAUAAAUAGAAUUUCUUAUAUUAAAAACAACCAAGCCCUGCUCUUAUAGUGAAAAAGUAACACAAAAGUAAUGUAACGCAUUACUUUCCAUAAAAAGUAACUAAGCGCUUCUCUAAUUAAAAUGAUUUAAUAAAUACCUGUUUAUUUUUAGCACUUAUUCGGACAUACAGCGCAGAGCCAUGACCACUAUAUGGAAGAGCAAGCCUGUAAGCCCAUAAAAUAAUGCCAAAAACCACCUCUAUGAAAACGAGAAUUAAGUUGUAAAACCUGCAAUCCAUUGCUUAACGGCUACAAUGAAUGGAGACUAUCUUGUGUUUUUCCAUGGGUGCUCAAUCAUUUCAUAGGCUCCUAUGCUUAAAUGUAUAACUACAAUGUAACAAGGACACCUUAAAAUAACGUGUAACCACAUUUUCUACAAUCCUAAAAUACAGUUUUAAAUUUAGGUACACCUAAAGUAUACCUGUAAACACUGUAAAAAUCAACACAGAAAAUGAACAUGGUACAUUGGGCUGCAUUUCCACUCGAUUUUAAAACUGCAUUGACUUUUCAACAGUAAAACACAUCUUGCACAUACCUGUCAGUUAAAAGCUUUGGUGAGGCCUCUCUAGCAUGUGAGGAACAUAAACUGCUUGUGUAUGUGCAUUUGAGCCAUGACUCUACUGUUUUUCAUAAGGGUAUAUUGCAGGUUGUUACUAUUAUUCUUGAUUUCAUGAAAACACGUGUCAUAGCAUGCAUUUACAUCAUAGGUGAAUGACCUGCUGGAUUCAGUGCUGCUGUACUUUAAAAUUGGAAAAUUUGCCAAGGUGAAUAUAUUACAUGAUUGUCACUAUAUGCACACUUAUAGUCAGUGGUUUAUUGUAACAUCUGUGAAGUGUUUGCUGUGAUAACACCAUAUGUUUAAGCAGGCUACAGUUAAAAUCUACCAGGCGCUUAAAUAUAAUCUUACAGCUCUCUUGCUAAAAAUAUUACACAUUGUAGAUAGUAUAAAUAGAACAGCAUUACUCUGAAUGACUCAUGAGGAAACCUUUCAUGAUAAAGGGAAAAGUGUUGUUACUUUUUAGUAUAUAGGAAAAUGUCAACAUGCAAGUUCAGGGGCAAUAAAAAAAAAAAAAUUAGUUUUUUUUUUUGUUUUUUUGUUUUUGAAGCAAAUUUGCACUUAAUCAAAAUUGAUUGCACUCCUGGCCUUAAUAAUUUUUCAUGUGUAUGUGUCAAGUUUCUUUACUGCAUUCUUUUCUAAUGUAAUUUUCUUUUUUAACUUUAACUUGACAAUUGUAUAUCAUGUAUGUUAGAUGUUCAUGUGCUUUUACACAUUUCAUUCACAAUAAAGUAAUUGGCUGGCUGCAUCAUUA